AUGCUUCUAAGAUUAGUGUCUGAGGUCUCAAGAGUCACAAUGAGUCUGGCAUGUCUUGUGUGCCAUAGUGUGGAUAGUCCAUCACCAUCACACUCUUUCAGGAGUUACUCUGUUUCAAGUGCAGAAAAUGAAGGAAGAUGCCAUGCUGUUACAACCUGCUUAACCAGGAAAUUAUCUCUUCCACCCUCUGCAGUACACACUUUUCUUGCACCAACAUCAUCAUCCAAAGUGACUCCACAACCUAUUGAUUCAAAUAACAACUUGAUACCAGGUACGCCGCGGCUUGUUCGGAGCCGAGCCGUGACGAGGGACCGAGUAAGAAAUUGGAAUUUUGAUGAAAUUGUGACGGAGUCCUAG